AUGAAGGCCUUUCGGCAUAUCCUCCUUGGAUUGGGAAUGUCAGGGCUCGGUUUGGCUAGUGCUGUGCAACGAGGUGAUGAAGUGAUACGGAUUCACUCGCCUGGAGAUGUGACGGCUGACUCGCUGCACAACAUCCAUGUGGAGUUCCUCGACAGCUCCUUUGAAGGUCCUUUACAACUCGUUUACGGUGAAUGCGAAAUGCAGAACUCAUGGCAGAUGCACCAUGAGAUUGGAACCACUCUCCUGGGCCGGUCUUCGCCCAUCAGUGUAUCAUCGCCUAUGCUCAAGCGUCAAAGUAUUGCAGAUGUGGCAGACACAAUGGGACCGUGGUUCGACGGGAUUGCCUACAUGAAGUCCAAGAAAGAGAGCGAGGCAUUCGUCUCCAAAGCCAAGAAUACCUCUGUCGCCAUUGUUGGAGGUGGCAUGUCCGGACUCAUGACGAGCCACCUGCUGUCAUCCGUCGGCAUUCACGAUUGGCACAUCUACGAGUCAUCCGAGCGCACCAGUAUCAGUACCAGGAAAUGGGCCCCAUGCGAUUCCCCCGUCAGCAUCACCUAUGCUGACACCAACGAGACUCUUGAGAUCAUGGAUCACCGAAUGGUUUUCCAGCUUGCCGGCGUCUUGAACGAAAUGAACGCUGACAAGCCGGAUCUCCAAGUCAACUUCAUUCCCUGGAUCCAGAACGGCCCCAAUCUCCCUGCCGAUUCGGGAGGCGUUCGUCUGCCCGACGGUCCACCAUCAUCAAACGCAUCGGCUGUCACUGCUGCGGAAGCUGCUUAUGCCAAUUACACUAAGCUGGAUGACAAGGCUACGAUUCGCGAGAUCGCAACCAACAUGUACCAGGCACACAAGAAAGCUGUUGAAGACGGCAUGUUUCAUUGGUCAGAGGCCGGAUAUAUGCGCUAUGCCCUAGGCUAUAACGCCAACAUCACCGACUACGCCGCCGGGACAACAGACUUCCCAAUCUGGGGAGAUUUCUACGAUGAUGUUUAUUUCGCUGCAACUAAAUGGCGUACCAUCGACAAGGGCCUCGAGUCUCUCCCUCAAGCUUUCUACCCUCACGUCGAAGAUAAGCUUACCCUCAACCGCACCGUGGCAGGACUAGCCUACAACGAAUCAACCGGCAAAGUCGCCGUAACCUGGCGCGACGACCCUCUGCAAAUGGUGCCCGAAAAGUCCAGAGAAUACGAUUAUGCUGUCGUCGCAGCCCCCUUUAGCAAAGUUCGUCUCUGGGAAAUGCCUCGGUACUCAUCCCUUCUCAGCCGAGCAAUCUCAUCCCUAAAUUACGACCCCGCCUGCAAGAUGGCCCUCCUCUAUGAAACUCGCUUCUGGGAACACAUGGAAGAGCCCAUCUUCGGUGGCUGUGGCUCCGUGGACAUUCCCGGCAUCGGCAGCGUCUGCUACCCAUCGUACAACAUGAAUGGCACUGGUCCAGGUGUCAUUCUCGCCUCUUAUAUUUCCGGCACAGAAGCUCGCUCCGCCGUUGCUUUGAACGCCGAGGAGCACGUAGCCCUCGUCCAACGCGCGAUGGUUGAGGUACACGGCGAGAUCGCCGCUGAACAGUUCACGGGCAUCUACGACCGCCAAUGCUGGGAAACUGAUCGUCACCAGAAUGGUGCUUGGUGCGAUCCACUGGUUGGACAGCAGGAGCUUUAUCUGCCUGCUUAUUACCAGACUGAGUUCAAGACUAUCUUCAUUGGCGAGCAUACUAGCUAUACCCAUGCAUGGAUUUUCUCGGCUCUGGAUUCAGCAGUUCGCGGUUCGACGCAGUUGCUGCUUGAUCUUGGGCUAGUGGAUGAGGCGAAGUCUAUCGUUGAGACUUGGAUGGGAAGAUGGAUCAAGCUGUGA